CGCAGCCCAAAGGCCCCCUUCUCCCUCUCCCUCUUACUCUCUCUCUCUCUCUCUGUAAAAACUCCAGAUUCGGAAAAACUCUCUCUCUCUCUCUCUGCAACUCCAGAAGUCGUUCUCGGAUUUAUUGAAUCUAACUUUCUUUUAAGUUCGAAACUGCGUCGUUUUAAGGGAGGGAGAGAGAGUGUUUGUGAGGAUGCAAUCGAACGGCGAUUCGUCGGUGCAGCAGGAGCAGAGUAAUCAACGGCCGCAGCAGCAGCAGCAAGCGGCGCAGACUCAGGCGCCGCCGCCGCAGCAGUGGAUGGCGAUGCAGUACCCGGCGGCGGCUAUGGUAAUGCAGCACCAGAUGAUGCCACCUCAGCAUUACGCGACGCCUCCGCCGCCGCCACCUCAGCACUACAUGGCGUACCACCAGUACCAACAGCAACAGCAGCACGUACAACACCUUCAGCAGCAGCAGCAGUUGGGAUCUAGCGGCGAGAAUAAGACCAUCUGGGUCGGUGAUUUACACCAUUGGAUGGACGAGAAUUAUCUCCACACCUGCUUCGGUUCCACUGGCGAGAUUGCCUCCAUCAAGGUUAUUCGGAAUAAGCAGACUCUUUUAUCAGAGGGCUAUGGAUUUGUAGAAUUUUUUUCACAUGCAACAGCUGAGAAAGUUCUACAGACCUAUACUGGCAUUUUAAUGCCCAACACGGAACAACCCUUCCGUCUGAACUGGGCAACAUUUAGCACGGGCGAUAAGCGUUCAGAUAAUGCUCCUGAUCUUUCCAUUUUUGUAGGAGAUUUAGCUGCAGAUGUUACAGAUAGUUUAUUGCACGAAACUUUUUCUAGUAAAUAUCCGUCUGUUAAAGCUGCAAAAGUUGUCUUUGAUGCCAAUACUGGUCGUUCAAAGGGUUACGGUUUUGUGAGGUUUGGAGAUGAGAAUGAAAGGUCACAGGCUAUGACUGAAAUGAAUGGUGUUUAUUGUUCGAGCAGACCUAUGCGCAUUGGGGCUGCAACUCCUAGGAAAUCAUCUGGAUAUCAGCAACAGUACUCUUCACAAGGGGGGUAUGUUUCAAAUGGUACACCAACCCAAGGGUUCCAAUCUGAUGGAGAUUCUUCAAACACAACAAUAUUUGUUGGAGGGCUUGAUCCUAAUGUUACCGAUGAAGAUCUCAGGCAGCCCUUCUCUCAGUAUGGCGAGAUAGUCUCUGUUAAAAUACCUGUUGGAAAAGGAUGUGGUUUUGUACAAUUUGCUAACAGAAAUAGCGCUGAGGAGGCAUUGCCGAAACUGAAUGGCACAGUAAUUGGCAAGCAAACAGUCAGACUUUCAUGGGGCCGCAAUCCAGCAAAUAAGCAGCAGUUUAGAACGGAUUUUGGCAACCAAUGGGCCGGAGCCUACUAUGGAGGACCUGUUUAUGACGGUUAUGGUUAUGCCCUGCCACCACAUCAUGACCCAAGCAUGUAUGCUGCGGCUGCGGCCGCAUAUGGAGCCUAUCCUGUUUAUGGCACCCACCAACAACAAGUAAGCUGAGCCAGCAGCUACUCCUGUGCUGCAAGGCAGGUGCUGACAGUGAGUGAAUUGAGCGAACUGCAUGAGUAGUUUUAGCAAUCAGACUUGAUGACUAUAGAGUCUCUUAUUCUGUAAUUUGCUCGGGUCUCUGGAAUUUUUUAUAAAAUCCCUCUAAUUGUGGAGUGGAACUGAAUUUUGACAACUUGAGGUAGGUAUGUAAGGAUUUGGUUUAUCAUUUUCUAGAAUUACGUAAUUUUAAGAGAAACUUAUUCCUGGAUCAACA